UAUUUGAUGCCUAGUUAAUAAUUUGCAUCCUCUUCAUUUGUUCCUGAAUCCUUGGAGACUGACAAUUUCCCCCCCCUAAAGGCAUAGACAACAAAAGAAAUUGUAUUGAAAGCAAACUGCGUUCUUCACCCUGCAAAGAUGUUUGCCGGAAUGUCUGGUCUCCACGUUCUGCUGUUAAUGGUUCUGGUAGGAAAGCCAGCCUUUGGGAGCUUCCUGACAUCUAUAUUUGAACACCUGAGCACAGAUUGGGCUGGUGGCAGCCACGAUGUGCACAGCUAUGAAUACUACGAUGAGGAAGAGCACCUCAGUACCCAACCUACCCACCCCGACAAUCCUGACUGGUACUACGAAGAGGACGAUGCGUGCCAGCCCAACCCCUGUAAACACGGCGGGGACUGCCUCACCGACGGGGGGACCUUCACGUGCAGCUGCCUGGACCCUUUCUCUGGGAGCAGGUGUCAGAACGUGCAAAACAAUUGCAAGAACAACCCGUGUGGCCGGGGCCAUUGUCUCAUUACCCAAAGUCCUCCCUACUACCGCUGUGCCUGCAAACACCCUUACACGGGUUCACGCUGUUCUAUAGUGACUCCCGUGUGCAGGCCGAACCCCUGCCGGAACGGCGGCACCUGCUCGCGGAACAAGCGCAGAUCCAGGUUCUCCUGCUCCUGCCCUGCCCACUUCAGGGGCAGACUCUGCGAAAUAGGUCCCGAUGACUGCUACGUUGGCGACGGCUCCUCCUACCGAGGGCAAGUGAGCAGGACAGUCACCCAGCGCACGUGCCUUCACUGGAACUCCCCCCUCCUCUUGCAGGAGAAUUACAACGUGUUUAUGGAGAAUGCUGAGGCCCAGGGCAUUGGGGAGCACAACUUCUGCAGAAACCCAGAUGGAGACCAAAAGCCCUGGUGCUAUAUUAAAGUUAACAGUGAAAAGGUGGAGUGGGAGUACUGCGAAGUCUUUGCCUGCUCAGCCCAAGAGGAAAGCCCGACUGAGCCCUUGGCCAGGCCUCUGAUGUUCGAGUCCUGCGGGAGGACCGAGACAGCGGAGCGUCACAUCAAGAGGAUCUACGGAGGCUUCAAGAGCACGGCGGGCAAGCACCCGUGGCAGGUGUCGGUCCAGACCGCCUCCAGGACCCGGGGCCACUUCUGCGGGGGGUCGCUGAUACACCCCUGCUGGGUGCUCACUGCCGCCCACUGCACUGAAGAAAAAGCUAGAUAUCUAACAGUGGUCCUGGGAAAGCAGGACCUGAAGAAGACAGAAUUCCACGAGCAGAGCUUCGGGGUAGAGAAGAUAUUCAAGCACUACAACUACCAUGAAACAGAUGAGAUUCCCCACAACGAUAUUGCUUUGCUCAAGUUAAAGCCAGUGGAUGGUCACUGUGCUCUGGAAUCCAAAUACGUGAAGACCGUUUGUCUGCCGGAUGGUCCCUUUCCCUCUGGGACUGAGUGCCACAUCUCGGGCUGGGGCGUGACAGAAACAGGGGAAGAGUCCCGCCAACUCCUGGAUGCCAAAGUCAAGCUGAUCACCAACGGUCUGUGCAACUCCCGCCGACUCUACAACCACCUGAUUGACGACAGCAUGAUUUGUGCCGGAAACCUCCAGAAACCUGGGCGAGACACCUGCCAGGGUGACUCCGGAGGCCCUCUGACCUGUGAAAAGGACGGCACCUACUUCGUCUAUGGCAUCGUGAGCUGGGGGCUGGGAUGUGGGGAGAAGCCAGGGGUGUACACCCAAGUCACCAAGUUCCUGGAUUGGAUCAAAGCCACCAUCCAAAAGGAGACUGGCUUCUAAGGUCCUGUCUUCUGAUCCUCAGAGCCCAUCCUCCUCACACCCAGAUGAGGGGAGGCCCCCUGGGCAGCCACAGACACCCCUGGGAGUGUCCAGGACACAGUGGAGCGUCCAUGCACUAGGCAGAGACCACCCAGCCUGCGCAUUCCUGGACCAACACCUGCCUUCCCGGGUAACCCAAGGAACGAUAGAAUCCACACAAAUACAUUAUGUCUGCUUCCCCUGAAACAACUGUACCUUCUAGAAAAUCAGUGUUCACAGAGACUGCCUCCACCUGGGACAUUUGCAAACUCGGACUACAGAUUUCCCGGCACCAGUGGGAGUCACCUUCGCACCUGUAUUCCCCACCCCGGACACUCGAGGUACCAAACAGAACCAGCCAACCACGUCUCGGAUCCGAGAGAGCAACAAAAACACAACAUUCUCCAUUUGCUUUCAGAGUU